AUGCAGGUAAACCAGGAGGAAAUUAGGACCGCAGUUCCUUGCCACGAGUGGGACUAUGACAUCGCGAACAAGGGAGACAGCGUCGUGAGCCGUUUCGACCUGGUUUGCAACCAAGCGUAUCUCUACGACUUGUCUUCGGUCGUGCCCAUGGCUGCUUCCGCGCUCUUGGCUCCAGCACUUGGCCUAGUAUCCGACCGUGCGGGCCGAAGGCCCGUAAUGCUGUUCUGCGCGUUCGGACAACUCAUCGCCACUAUCGGCAACUGCUUCGCGGAGACGUACACGUUCUUCGUCUUCACCCGGGUCCUCAUUUUCGUUGCGACUGACGUCACCUUCCUCGCCACAUUUAUUUUGAUACACGAGGUCACUGGCAACGCGCAUCGCUCGAUAUUCACGCUCAUAGACACUGCCGUGCCGGGCAUCGUGGUCCCGCCAAUGAUGCAUGCGCUGUCCCUCCUCGAACCACGCUGGAUGCUCGCCGAGGCGCUGACCAUCGUAACUGUGGCCCUGCUGGUGGUCUGGUGCUGCUUGCAGGAAGAGUCACCCGCGUGGCUCAUUGCCACAUGGAAAUUGCGUCGGGCCGAAGCCAUAGUACUGCUGGCGGCCAAGGAAAAUGGCGUGGAUUUAGCAAAGGCAGGCUCUACAUUUAUGGCCAUCAAAGAGCAGUUAUGCAAGCUAGACAAGUACGCCGCGGCAGCUCCGAUGGAGGUCAUCAUGCAGACAAUGAAAAUGCGUCGCCGCGCAGUCUCUGUGCUCCUGGCCAGGUUCACGUUAGACGCCACCUACAUCGGCCUCAUGCUCAAUGACGUGACCACAGGCAUUCCAUGGGAGGUGGCACAUGUUGUCUUGUCGAUGGCCUACUAUGCCUCGAUCUGCGGAAGCAUGCGGAGAUACGGACUCCGGGAUACGCUGUCUGGUCUCAUGGUCAUCCUGAGUGCCUUCGCCAUUUUCGAGGCCAUAGCGACCUUCAGCGGUCAACAGAUGGUGACAAGUUUUCUGCACGCCGGAAUGAAGGUGGUCGUCUCCGGCGCUAUGAGCGUUGCCCUCUGCUACACGGCCGAGACCUUUCCGACGGCCAUGCGAAACGCCGGCAUCAGCCUUUCGCAAUGCGCCGGCAGCGUCGGCAAUGUCGUGGCUAUUGCUCUUGUAGCCCUUAGCCAACCACAUGUGCUUUACGCGCUGUCGGCCUUCAUGGUACUACUAAGCGUCGCGGCGAUCCAAUGGCUCCCUGAAGUUUUGAUAGAGCAUCAGCAGUCACCCAGCGUGCAUAGCGAGGGUGAACGAAAAGCGCAGCUCCAGGCAUCGCUGAAGUCCCGCAGUGCGAAGUCAUCCCACAAACACCGGUGA